AUGCAACCGUCGGAAAGUGUCGAUGCAUUUAGCUCAUGCAUUCAUCUAAUUCCAUCCGAAUCGGCUAAUAUCUCUUCACGCGAAAGUAUAUCAUCAUCAACAAGUGAUGGAUUGAUAAGAAACUAUGAGCAGGGUGCUGAUAGAAUCAUCCGUCUUGAGCAGGAAUUGAAUGCUGCCAGACAUUCGAUUGCUGAAAAGGAAGCGAAAUGUACACGACUGAGUGAGAUUCAGAAUCACGUAGAUUCUGAAGUACAGGAACUGACCGAGAAACUCUUCCAGGAAGCCUAUCGAAUGGUCAAUGAUGCUGAAAGUCGUCGAGUGAAGGCUGAAAAGCUGCUUGCUGAAAGUCACUUAAAAGUUGAUAUGUUAGUGGCUGAAGUUGAAGCAUUAAAAAUUAUCGUGAAAUCACCACUAUCCUCCACAUCGCAAGUAACGCAUUUGACUGCCGUAACACCCCAGCGAACCGGCUUAGCAUCACGUUUUCUUGGUAGCACACGACGGAAGGAACGACAUAGUUCUGCAAAUAGUCGUAAAAGUUACACUUUACCAUCUUCGGGACGAGAUUCGACAUCAUUAGCACAAAGUGAAGAACGUGAACCAAUAUUUGAAAUCGAUCCUAUUUAUCACAGAGAAUUCACACAAUGGAGAGAACGAGGUGCUUCAAUGGAUGACAAUUCAGCUUUCUUAUCACGCAUCAUUGCAGAAGAUAUUUGCCCAUGUCUAAAUUUUAGCAGCACUAAGCUAACCGAGCAAGUUCUCGAUGCAAUUAAGGCAAAUACUUUGGAAUUGGAGGCCGUUUCCGAAACAAAACCCACUGUUAGGACUUGUGCAUUAUCUAUGGUUCCGCGUUUCUGUCCCUACAAAAUGAGAGUUAGUGGUGACACCGAAUGGUUCUAUAUUUCAUUGUUGGCACGGAAUCGUAUAGCUGCAGUCUGUGAUUUUUUUACUUACAUUCGUUAUGUAAAUCAAGGAAUUGUCAAAUGUGGCGUGCACGAUUCAUACUGGGAUAUUAUAGCAUUACGCAAAAAUAUGACACUGGCAAAACUUGGUUUGAAUUUCAUCCCCAAAAUUGGAGGUUCAGAAGCUGGAACUUUAUGA